AUGGCGAAACGGAAGAAACGGCCGUGGCUCGACGCGUCCGUCGUGCGAAACGCGCGGGCGAGGGACGGCGAGAAGGCGCGCGAGCGACGAGAGCGCGAGCGAGCGUUCAGGGAAAAGUGUCCAGAGCGAUUCGUCGAGGAGGAAAAGGAACGCGAGAGCGAACGCGAACGAGACGCACGGGCGCGCGAUGGUGAUUUUAAAGCGUCGACGUCGGGGCGGGGAGGACGACGGAACGAUCGCGAGGGCGCGGACGGAAGACGGAAGGGCCACAAAGGCGACGGCUCGCCAGACGACUCGUUCUCGACAGACCCGCGUACGUUUCCGACGCACGCGACGUUUCAAACGCGCGAGGGAUUAUCGAACGAUGCUCUCGAGUGGCGAAGGAGUCGCGUGGAGGCGGUGACGAAAGACAUCGCGAUGUGCGCUCGGCACAAACAAUUACGAAGGGCGUGUCGCGCCUUUGUACAGUUGAUCGAAGAUGGAAUGGUCCCGUCGUCGUACACGUACGCGUCGCUACUAAAUGCGUACGUGAACACGGGCUCGAUGGACGGUGCCGAAGCGCUCAUGGAGCGCAUGAGCGAAGUGGGCUGUGCGCCGAACGUCGUAGCGUACACCACGAUGUUGAAAGGAUACAUGCUGGUGGCAGAUGUCGACGCCGCGUGGCGAUUGCUCGAGGGCAUGAAACAUCCCGUGGCUCCAGAUAUAAGAGCGGUGAAUACGUACAUACGUGUGUGCGUACGAUGUGGGAGCUUGACGAUGGCUCGACGCGCUUUCGAGCGCGUGCGAGACUGGGACAUUGUGCCUGACGAGACAACGCACAGACUGAUGGGACGAUUGCUCGCGCAAGGAUUAAGGUGCGACGAGCUGAAGAGCUUGAUCAAGAGCGUGAAGAAGAACGAACAUUUAAGAUGGACACUAGACCCAAGUUUUGGUCACUGCCAGUUCUGGUGCGCUGGAAAGUGUGAACGUGGCGCGAACUGCCGAUUCUAUCACGAUCCUUCCAUCGAGCAGGUUGACGCGUCGGCGAGAGAGACGGACGUGAACGACAUGCUGGCGCACCUAUACGUCAAUCACGCGCACGCGACGGCAAUGUCGGGUGAUGUAAAGCAGUGCUUCAAGUCACUUGCGAAAGCAGCCGAGAGUUUUGCACAAGAUGACGACGGAAACGCGGCCGGGCUCAAGGACAGAGACGAGCGAGCAGAGCUCUUCAGACAGACGAGCAGAGAUGAGCUCAAGCGUGAGAUGAAACGCAUCAAGGCGUUCGCGGAACGGUUAAAAAAUGGAGAGCAAAAGGCACCAAACCUCGAUGAGCACUUUGCGCGUUCUUUGAUUUUUAGCUCACAAAUUCUUCAGCCACCAGAACGAGGCUCAACAAGCUCCGAGGAGGAGGUGAGCGCCGUGCGCGAGCAUCUUUAUUCUGCGUUGAAGGACACAAUGGGAAUGAGCGAUUCGGAGCGGAAAGUGAAGCGCGCGAUUCGAAAAGUCAUAUCGGAAGACGGGACCAUUCGUUUCGAUCGAAUGUUCAGUCACAGAUUGAAGAAGGACGAGCGCGAGUUGAAUCUCGAAGUUGCCGCCGGAAACGGCGACUGGGCCGUGGCGCAAGCCGCCACAGACGAUUCAUCCGAUUGGAUCUCUCUUGAGCUACGCCACGACCGCGUGUACAGCAUUUUUUCACGUGCCGUCUUUUCGGGAGCAUCCAAUUUUGCCGCAAUGGGUGGCGAUGCUGCGUAUGUUAUGCGCCGAUAUAUAGCUCCGGGUUCCGUGUCCAAUGUCUUCGUGAACUUUCCAGAGCCGCCGCAUCACAGUGGAGACGCCGCUGCAGACAACUCACUCGCCUUACUCAACAAAGAGUUCUUUCGGGAUAUCCACGCCGGUCUCAAAGAAAAGGGCGGUUUGGUGAUAUUCAGCGAUAACCAUCGCUACAUGCAAUCUUUGGCUCGAAUGUUAGCUGGUAUGGAUUUGUUCUCGAGCCGAGAUGCCGACGUGACGUCGCGCGAACCGGCAGAGCUUUAUGAAACCAUCGAUGGAGUACGUCUAUAUCAAGGCAUCCCCGGUCCACUCGCGGGUCAUCGCGUGCACGAACAAUCGUAUUUCGACCGAUUCUGGGAGAACGGUCGACACGUGGAUCGAUACUUUCUUAGCGUAGGAAAAGUUGCGUAA